AUGCCUGAGAACAACCACAUCAAGAAUGUAGCCCUAGUCGGAGCAACCGGCACAGUCGGCGUCCUCAUCGUCGCCUCCCUCCUCAAGCUCGGCACGCACACCCUCACCGCGCUGACCCGCCACGACAGCCCCGCCGCCAGCUCCAUCCCCCCCGGCGUCAAAAUCGCCAAAGUCGACUACUCUUCCGAAGCCUCCCUCGUCUCCGCCCUCCAGGGCCAAGACAUCCUCAUCAUAACGAUGAACUCGCGGGCUCCCCUGUCCACGGAGCUAUCCCUCGUGCGCGCGGCAGCGAAGGCGGGGGUGCCGUACGUGCUGCCGAAUAACUGGGGCAUCGAUCUCGCGGACGAGCAGCUGGGGGUCGAUGUCAAGCUAGACAGGAGGCCAGUGCUGCGGCUGGUGGAGGAGCUGGGCGUGAGCGCUUGGGUGAGCGUGACGACGGGGUUCUGGUACGAGUAUAGCCUGGGGUACGGGAGCGAGACGUUUGGGAUGGAUUGGAAGGGGAGGACGUGGACGUUUUUCGACGGCGGGGAGACGAGGAUGAACACGAGCACCUGGCCCCAAGUAGGCAGAGCCGUCGCCGCCCUCCUCUCCCUCCCCCUCACGCCCCCCUCCCCCGGUGUCCCCAGCCUCUCCGACUACAAGAACAAGUUCGUCUACGUGUCCUCCUUCAACCUCAACCAGAAAGAGAUGUUCGCCUCCGUGCUCCGCGUGACGGGCACCAAAGAAUCCGAGUGGACGAUCAAGCACGAGGACAGUGUCGCGCGGUACCAGGAGGCGGAGAAGCGGCUGAGCGCGGGGGAUGGGGCGGCGUACCCGCAGCUGCUGUAUAGCCGGGUGUUUUUCAAGGACGGGUGUGGGAAUUUUGAGGAGAGGAGGGGAAGGCUGGAUAAUGGGGUGUUGGGGUUGGAAAAGGAGGAUCUGGACGAGGCGACGAGGGUGGCGGUUGACAGGGCGGAGAAGGGGUUGAAGUAUCACUAG